UCGUCUGCAAAUCAGAGAUGUUAAUGAAUGCACUGACGUAGCUAGCAGACGACUUUUAGCCAUCAGCGCAAAGACCGGUUGAACGAGAGAGACACAAGCGAGCAUCACUUCUACAUUGCAUGACCGCAUUAUGAGCAACGUACGACUGUAAAAAUGGCGGCAUCACUUUCACAGCUCUCUGUUCUCAGUCAAAUCAGUGAAGAAUUCCUUCUUUGUCAAGUUUGUUUCGAACGAUUUAGCAAACCGAAAGUCUUGCCCUGUCUUCAUAGCUUUUGUGAAGCAUGUUUAUUGAGAUACGCUCCAGAUGGAAGUCACACAAUCAGAUGUCCUCUAUGCCGGCAGGAAUCGGAACUCCCUGAAAAUGGCGUCUCCGGGCUGGCUGAUAAUUUCUUCAUACUGAAUCUAUCGGAUGUAUUUACACCGCGCAAGGAUGAAGGGCCGAGGAGGAAAGCUGUUUGCACCAUAUGCGUCGGUCAAAACCCUGCUGAAGCUCACUACAGAUGCUUGGAAUGUGUCGACUUUUUAUGUGAUGAUUGUGCACCAUCUCACGAUCACCGAAUCGCCCGUUUCACUCGAAAGCAUCACAUCAUAUCCGUUCCCGCUUCUGAGAAUAAAAAGCUUCUCAAACGCGAGAUCAUCUGCUCGAAGCAUCAGUCCGAAGCGGUCCGGUUCUACUGCGAAUCCUGCACCGUUCCCAUCUGCCGAGAAUGUAUACUAAUCGAACAUAAGGAUCACUCCCAUACAUUUCUUCAAGAUGAGGUGACCCGACAUAAAAACACCAUCGAUAGUCUGAUGAAGAAUGUUCGAGAUCGAAUCGCAACGUUCGAGGAGGCUCUUCGGGGAGUGGAUGAAGUGGAGGCUCAGCUUGAGGCAAAUCGUGGUCAGGCUGAGUAUGUCAUAGAGAGGACUCUCCAAGAUAUCAUGUCGCUGUUACGUAAGCAACAGCAGGAACUAGGACACAGGUUAGCAAGAAUUUGUCAAGGUAGAAAGCAGCAGCUAGUCGCCCACCGCAGGAGUUUACAAUCUGGACUAGAUAACCUUCUUAGUGGGUUUGACUUCACCGAGAAGGCUCUUGGACAUGGAUCCGAGUUGGACAUUCUGUCGAUCAAGGAUCAGGUUAUUGAAAGAUUACAAGGACUAGCCGUGGUUUCUCCUCAACAAGACUUUACAAUGGAGCAAUUGAGUAACCUGUAUUUUGAGGCAAAGGAAAGUGCCGUUGACCACUCCCUCCCCCAGCUAGGUGAAAUCAAAUGUGGUGAUAAGACUUUCAGUGAACUCUCCCAGGCCACUGAUACCAGAUCUAUAUGUUCCAUCGAUUCAGCUGAACUUGACGACAGUUCUUUAUCUGAAUGUGCUCCCAAAUCACCAAAGAGAACUGCUAAAGAGUCCGUGCUGAAGAAACCCCAGAUAUUAUUCCACCUGAAAGAUGAAACAGACGAAGCUGGAGAGUUCGACUGGCCAAGUGGUGUUGCUUCUACUGCUGAUGGUGAGUACACAGCCAUAGUGGAUCGCGACAAUGACCGUAUCCAAGUUUACAAUCACAAGGGAAGGUUUGAGUGUAAGUUCGGCUCGAGAGGGCGCCAGCCAUGUCAGUUUGAGCUUCCUUUGGACAUUGCCAUUACAGCAGGUGAUGACCCAUGUGUGUAUGUAACCGAUGAAUACAACCACCGUGUCCAGAAGCUGACCUUGUAUGGCCAGUACAUCCUCCACUUCGGUGACAACGGCCUCUUUAAGCAGCCAUAUGGAAUAGCUCUCGCCGAAGAUGGGCGCGUGGUGGUCACUGACAUUGGGAAACACCGCAUCACCAUCCACGAUCCUGACGGAAAUCUCAUCAGUUCCUUUGGUUCUCGUGGUGACGCCGACAACCAGUUUAACGAACCUCGCUACGUCGCCAUCAGCAACAACCGUAUCAUUGUUUCCGACCAUUGCAACCACUGCAUCAAGAUCUUCGACUUCAAAGGCACCCACCUACACACCUUUGGAUCAUGUGGCUCUGGUAAUGGACAAUUCAUCGGUCCCACUGGAGUCUGUACCGACCAAGAAGGUAACAUUCUGGUGGCUGAUUGUGCCGACAGGCUACAGUUGUUCUCUCCUGAAGGAAUGUUUAUCCGUCAUCUUCUGAAUGAGUCUGAUGGUCUAAGUGGGCCUCUUGGUAUGGCUAUGGCAUCAAGUGGAGAGCUUGUAAUCACUAAUCUUGGUACUCACUGUGUUAACAUGUUUAGGUAUUCAAGCUGGGUUUGAAGUAAACAUUCCCAUGAUUAUCUAUCACAAAAACGCACUUAACAUGCUUAAUCAUUAGUCUCAGUAAGAAAACAAAUAUAUACACCAUAUGUGACUGGUAAGAAUUUAUGCCACUGCUGUUUGCCACCAGAUGUAAUGCAGCAAAAUAUAAUAACUCCACGUUCAUACCUAAAAAAGUUUGACAUUGUGCAUGAGCAUAUUGAGGAAAUUGAGGUAAUGAUCACCAUUUUUUAGAAACAGAAUUAUUUUGGAAGGAAAAAAGCAGACAUAAAAUUUCGCAACUUUUUAAUCAAAGGGGACGCAAAUUACCGGUACAAUAAAAUAUCACAGAGUCAGUAAAUUGGGGCACAAAGAGAUGUUAGAGAAAACAAUUAGAAAAAUAAUGAACAUUAUAAGGAUUACAUUGAAGUUUUGAUGCGAAAUCCAAAUGAAUGUACGAUAUGUCAACCUGACACCAUAUCAACAUUAUGGGUGCUUUGUUCACGAUAACCGCUUUGCAAGCUGGUUAAAAAAUAGGAACAGAGGUACUUGUAAAUUAAUUAAACAAAUAUGAAAUAUUUGUUACUUUAAUUUUUAUUUGGCAGAUAUAUUAUAAAUGAAUUAUUUUUUCAAAGCUUUUAUAAAAUCGAAGUUUGUUUAACAAAUAUUUUUUUCUUAGAAUAUCAAUGUUCAAUUAUUUAUUAGUUUUCAUAUUUACGCAACCAAAAUACAUUUUAUUUACUUAUGUCGUUUUUAAAAUCAAUUUUACUGUUGUAUUCACGCGGCUGCGUGGAUUUUUUUGUUAUAUACUGUUGUUCUCUCUCUCUCUCUCUCUCUCUCUCUCUCUCAUAUAUAUAUAUAUAUAUAUAUAUAUAUAUAUAUAAAACUCUCCCUCUCUCUUUCUUGAUGGUGAUACGUCUAUCUUGUCAUGGGUCACCUUGACUACAAUUAAGCAAACUUUAAGAUACCAACUAAAUUUAGACUAUAUGAACAGAUUAACGCAAGUAAAUUAUGAUAAUCCAAAUAAAGACCCAAACAUUGUAUGGAAUAAAUUGAAUAUGCGUCAUUAUUAGGAUAAUAUCGACAUUUGGUGUUGGAUCUGUAGUUUCGCGAUUUUUGCAGAGAAUAUUAUUAUCUGAUAUUACGAGGUUAACCACGGCUGUUUGGGGGAUUAAGUGAUUGAAAGAUCAUUCCCUGGGAUUCCUUUGUGAAAAAUCAAUAAUACUCUGCGCAUUAUUAAGAAAGGAAAACGAGUUUAUGUAUUUCUUCUUUUUUUAAUCAUUCAGGAAAUUAUAAUGAGAAAGUAAGAUGGAAGGUUUAAGGUUCACUGAAAUGUCAUUUUGUAAAAAAUGAAAAAUAAAUAACUACUAAAUCUGGUUAUAAUUAUGAUACCCCAGGUCAUUAUAAAAAAAACAUAUUAUACAGGCACAUUACAUCGACGACUCCUUUACGCCAAUAAAUAUGGAAAUUAUUUGAAUACAAACACUCAUCGGUGUAGAAUACAUCGCUGGUUUACAAAAUGACUAAUUUGUAUGUGACUAAUAAUAAUGACCUUGCUUCAACGGCAUGUAUUGCAAAAUAACAAUUUAACAUAAUAUUGUCCUUUUGUGUGCCAUUAUAAGAGAUAUAUCUAUGUCCUCGUACUUCUUGCAGGGCAAUUCACACUACUGCUUUUAAUAGUGGCAAUCAAAAGUCCAUGUCACACAGUUUGCUUUUAUUUUGCGUUAUACACAUACUCUAUACAGCUGCAUAAAAGAACUAAAUAUAUCACCGUGUGAACACGCCUUGUACAUCAGUGUCAAAGUCAAUACGUUAUGACUGGAUGCUUUAUUUACAGUACACGGUCAAAAAGAAUGAAUUAUUGAAUGGAAAUUUUCCGUGAUAUUAUUCAUUCCAUGCUGAUCUCAUCUCGGGCAAACAUUCGUCAUAUUCAUGUUUACAGGAUUGUAUUUUGGGGCAUGUGGAGAUUACAUUUAUGAAUGAGAGGAAGCUAUUCAUUAUGUUAUAAGCUGUUAGUCAAAGACAGGUCAUUUUCAUUUCAAACGCCUUUAUGCUUUGCUGGAAGCCAUGCAUGACAAUUGUAAUGUAUUUGCUUUCACGAUAUUGUUCUUUCGAGCGCAAAUUAUAAAGUGUAGAAAUUCUUCUUGCUGCCUAAAAUAAAAAGUAGACUCGGUGUGAACAUUGUAACAACAUAAAACUUGGAUUAUUUGGACACUCUAAAAAAUAUUGGGUACAAGUGUGUUUCCAACCAACAUUGGGCAUUUCUUUUGGGCAUUUUUAUCUAUCCAGCGUGAUGGAAAUUUUGCCCAUUGUAAAGUAAUUUCUGCUUGUUUUUUAACCUUACUGGACAAUAUGCUUCCCGCAUUGAGUAAAAUACUGCCCCCAAACUGGUUGGACAGGACACAUAAUUACCUUCUAUUCGUGGUGGUAAAAUUAUUACCCAAUAUUUUUUUACAGUGGAUUUGAAAGCCGUCCACGUUUCAUUUUGAAAGAUUUUUUCGAUUGCAAUAAAAUUGUGAAAAAGGUUAUUGCAAGUAUUGAAAAUAAUAGUCAUCAGGUUGUUCGUUUUAUUUGUUUUAUAUCUACAACGAAGUUAUAACUUAAUCAUUGUGGUUUAAACCUGACUUUUUUGUUUGUUUUCAGUCGAGGUGAAGCAAGUACGAGUGCGUAACAGAGUGAUUAGUCAUAUUCAUUUAACAUGUUUAAUAGAAAUGCAUAAAAAGACCAUUAUGUUAGGGGAUGCAUGAAAUAAACAGCAAAUUGGAAAGGUAAUAUUCACAGUAGCUUUAGGUAGAUCAAGGAGUGAUAAUUGAAACCAUGUGGUAUAAUCCUUCUUAAUAUUCUUAUCUUCGGAACACAUAAUCUCUCAAUACUGCAAUGCGACUCGAUAUGAAUAUAGAAAUCCUCAUUGCAAUCACAUUUUGAAGAGAUAAUGUUGUUUCGGAUUUAGGUAACAGAUAUUUAAUAUUGCAGCAUGACUUAAUGACUUUACCUUAAACCUAAUUGACAAGGUCUUAUAAAAUUGGGAAAAUAGCUGUGGCUCACUUAUGACUUGAAAUAUAUCUUGAUUUUGUUUACUUUAUUUUUGCUUACAGUCAAAUUUUGCAGUGCUUGUAUACCCACUCGUAGGAUUUGUUUAAUUUUAACGUCAUUUUCAUUACGUCACAUGUUAAGAAGGAAAUAUGAAUACAGAUAAAACAAAGCAGAUCAUGAAGAUUAUAAAUUUUCAUAAGAGUGUGAUAAACUAUAAAAAUAAUUAUGUUUGUUCUGCAUUUUAAUCAUCAACGUUGCAAAGAGAAAUUUGUUCCUUCAUUAAUGAACCCGCGUCAUCUUAACAAUAGGAAUGAGAAAAUGUUUGCCACUGUUUGGUUUCAUUAUUUAUUCUGCAUUCAUAUACUAUAUUGUUUCCUAUUUGAUCCGAGGAAUGCUCCAGCGCUUUUCCAAAAUAUUUUUCGCAUGACUUUUGUUUUGUGUCUGAUUUGUAGACCCAACAUAUUGAGUUAGAUUUCUGCCCGCGAAAACAGUCAACAAUUUGCAAGGUAACAAACGGUAAAAACAAUCAGCGCGAGGGCGUUUUACAAGUACGAUAGGAAUUUCAUUAUUUACAUCCAAAACCUGAAAUACCAUAUACAUGCAAAUACAAUUAUCCACAAGAAUGCCCAUUGGGUGUUGGUGAAACCGGAGACCAUAUCCUUCGGUUUAUUAAUUUCAUUUAGAGGUUUGGGAUAUUAAAUUUGCGGAUUUGGAUUAUAGUGCAGUAGCCACAGUAUGCAUCGAGCUGAUAGCAGAUUAGUUUAUCGAUCGAAAUAGACUUUGGCGCCGGUUAACAGUCGACAAGCAUGUACUUUCAUUGACCUGGUAGAGGCAUGCGGGAUUCUUCGUCAACCUUUGCACUGAAACCAGUUUUAAAACAUACUUUAUACAUAAGAAUAUAAUAUUCUGUAUUGUAAACAGAGGGAAAGUGCCUGUUUGACUUUGGGCAUUUGUACAUUUUUUUUGUCUCUUGUGAUAAAGAAAUGCACAGGAACGUAGUCUUUGCACCACACUCUUAUCAGGACGCAUAAUCUCAUUGCACCUAUUGUGCGCUAUAUUAUUGAUGCUGAUGUCAAGACCUGAAUCGCUACCCCCCCCCCUCCCGCCAUCCAUGCUUGGGGCAUACUUUAUAUAAAUAUAUAUAUAUAUUUAUAUGGACAUGGGGCACACAUAUUACCCCAAUUAGGAUAAUAACAACUCCCAACCAAUCUUGUUACUCCCAAAGUCAUAUCCAUAAGGGAAUCGUAUUACCCCUAUGCUGAUACCGGUAAUUUGAUACACCUCAGUUGAUACAUUCCAACCCCUUAUGAUGUGGUAUGCCUUUAUUUACCCCAUCAUCUCCUGGUAUGCGCAAUACACACCCCUACUAGUUCUAGGAAGAUAUAAGGUCCCAAGGUGUAAGGUGCGGUAUUAGGAGCGUCCAUUUGGCGUUUUACUACGUACAUCCUAAUGCAAAUGUACGGUCACUCGGCGAUGAUGAUGGCGCCAUUAUGUAUGCGUGCAUGGAAGAUGCGUGGAUCGCAUCACUGACUGUUACUUCAUACAGAAUCCGUAAUGUAUGGAGCUCAAUGCUUGGUAAUGCUUUAUCGCCGGGGUCGUUCAUUAGGGUGUUUUUACAGCCACGCAUGAUACAUUAUAGUAGUCCUUGCUUGUAAAAAUGUUAAUAUAACUCCCGGAUCUGUCUCUAUAAACUGACGUGAUUAUAUAAGACAGUAAAUAUCACAAAGCAUGCGGCAAGUGAUUAUGAUUUAAGGAUGGAUGUUUUUAUUUCUUCAUCAACGUGUUACAUUCCACAUUUAUUUAUCUUAUUUUGUUGUAAAUUAUUUCCGUUCUCUUCCACUAUAGAUUCAGUAAACUGUUCGUUUAUCACUAAGGUGUACUGAGUAAACAUAGAACUUCUUCGAAAUUUUGUUAUUUCUAAUACCUUGGAAGAAUAUUUACAAAUAAAUUGAGAUCAUAUUGGUUGCCUUCAUAGAUGAAUUAACAGAUACAAUAUUGAGUAUUAAAUAGAUUUGAAUCGAUAUAGAAAUAGUACUGAUAUUUACUCAAAUGAAUUAUUUAAAAUUAUGUAAAUAUAUUCAAAGUACGUGUAAAUUAGCAUGAAAAUGUUAAUAAAAAUUAUGUUUAAUAUGAAAUUAUAAAGGCUGCAUAUAUCAAAUCGAGUAUGUAUAUUUCAAAAAUCUAGAUAGAAUUAAUUUGAACACAUUAUAGCAAAUAGAAUGCGAAAAGGAAUUAUCCCGAGUAUGUUUUAAAGUUGUUUAUCUAUGACGAGAUGAGGAGAUAUUUGAUUAUUGACUAGAGUUUACUGGGAAUGGAUUGUAAAUUAAACUGGAAUGUAUAAAGAGUAUGGCAUGAUCAUCAGAAAAUAUUAUAUUUUUAUAGUCGAUGUACAUAAAUCAGGAGUAAAUGAUUUUAAAUUGCACGUAAAAUAUUGUCUUAUAGAGUCAAUGUAUGUUGUGUGUACUGUGCCGCUAUAAGCUUUACCAAACGACUGUACUGUGAGCCUAGUCUUGAAAUUUUAUCACACAUAGAGAUAUAUAUCUAUGUUAUCAAACGACUGUAUUGUGAACCUAGUCUUGGUAAUAAAAAAAUCUAUAUGGCCUAUAGGUAACAGUAAAAAUAGUUAUUAGAUGUGCUGUGGUAAGAUGGUCCCAAAAAAAUAAAACAGUGAAAAAAGUGCUAAUAUUUAUAACCAAAUUAUUUGUUCAUGACAAAUUGUUGAUUUAUAAUUGUUAUAUUUUCAUAAUAAUACAAACUGGGAAAUACACUGGUUUCUUUUCAAUAUUGAUUGAUUACAAAACAAGGCAAACUUUUGUUUUUAAAGGAAAUCAAUAUCAGCUACUCAGACAUUCAUUAUUUAUUGAUAGCUUUCCAAUUUCAUGAUAUGAUAAUACAGCCUGGAACAAAAAUAGAAAAAUCCACAUCGUAAAUUGUUACAUUGCAUUACAUUCAUUCAAACGCCUUGUAUUCGAAGGAAAUGUUUUGCAUAUCAAACUGGAAGCUAAUUCAAGAGUUUGGACAAACAAAAACAGCACCGAUAGCUGGAAAAAAAUAAAUAUUUUUCCCCAAAAGACAACUAUUCAAAACGUAUCUUUUCUGUUUAUGGGAAAUGUGUCAUUGUUUACCGUGAAAUAACUUUGUAAUUGUUCUCAAAAUAGGAAAAUGUGUCUGGCUUCGAGAUUUAAAUGUUUUAGAGUUGGGUAAGCGACAUCCCAUGAGAUGUUUGUAAUCAUAACUUCUAUUCCGCGAUGAAAAAACUCGAAGAGAUAAAAAAUAAUGUAAAUUUUCUCGAGUUAUAUCGUUUUGUUUGUAUUUGGUAAUGAUCGGCUUAUAUACCAGCUUGCUUCCUCUCGUCAUUAUUGUAAUUCUGUUCCCCCAUAAAUAUCCCACGAUAUACACAAAUCAUUAGCACCCACGUAUGUUUUUCAUGCGUUCACUGUAAAGACUACGGUGUUAAAUACACCAGAAAUCUGUGUUCUGAGAGUACCACACCCUUUUGUGUUAAAAAUACACCAUGUAUAUGAAAUUUGAUUAUAACACCAAAUAUUGAUAUUGAGUGUUAUAAUGACACCAGUCGGUAUUUAUAGCACCAUUGAUUUAACACCAGUAUAAAGUCCUCUCUAAACACCGGUGGUGAAGUUAACACCAUUAUUUUGCAGUGCUUGUGUUAAUUCUUUACCUCGGUGUUCCGUUCUUGUUAACAUGUCAUCAAACGGUGUAGCAAUCAGGAGCAAGAUGUAUCGCAAUGAUAAGAUGUUACUUCAAAAAUAAGAUGUUAACUUAUUAAAAAUGAGAACAAAUAUUUACUAUGUAUUGCAUUUUCAAAUUAUGUCGUAAUGAUAAUGAAAAGCUAGUUAAAAUAUUACAGUGAAUAUUUAUAAGCACGCAAAUGUCUGAUAUUAUUUAGCUGAUAUACUCAGUGCAAAAUUAAACAAAUGAUUUGACCCAAUA